UUUUAUUUUGAAUUUAGCCUUUACCUUUGUUGAUAUUUGUACUUACACCGGCUGCAUUCAUCAUGUGUAGCAUCGUUUAGCUUUUACUGCAGUAAAAUACUCAAAUGUGCCAGAAAAGGUCUGAAGAAUAUAUAUGGCAGUAAGACCACCAGUUAAGAUGGAAGAAAGGCAGUAUUCAUCUCUGACGGCCGAUAUGGAUUAUCUUCAGUACUGGUAUCAAACCAAUACUCAGCAGUACCAGGCAGAGCAGGUGCCACAGUACCACCAGAUGCUUAAUGCCGUCCAAUACACAGAGAGACCUGUGGAGGACAAAAUCAUGACUGAUCUUUCAGUGCAUCAAGAUCCAUAUCCGGAUCAACCUCAACAGCAUCAUCAACUCUCUGCUCAACCACCAGCCCUUCCGACGACUCCAGCAAAAGGAAAGAAAAGGGGAAGGCCUCCAAAAGGUGAAGGAAAGGAGAGGACUGAAGCUGAAGAGUCUGCCAAGAAAGCAAAAAGGACGCUAGAUCGGUUCAACGGGAUGUCAGUGGAGGAAGUCAUGGCUAAAAAGCUGCCAGACAUCAUCACACAUAAUCUUGACAUGCUGAUUAUCGGCAUCAAUCCUGGACUCUUGUCAGCCUACAAGGGAAGGCAUUAUCCAAAUCCUGGGAACCACUUUUGGAAAUGCCUGUUUCUUUCUGGGCUGACUGAUGAACAGCUCAACCACAUGCAUGAUCAGACGCUUCCUGAACGCUAUGGCAUUGGUUUCACAAAUAUGGUGGAGAGGACAACACCUGGGAGUAAAGACCUAUCAAACAAAGAGAUCCGUGAAGGUGGCCACCAGCUUCUGGAAAAGCUCCAGAUGUACAGACCUUUAAUCGCUGUGUUCAAUGGAAAAUGUAUUUACGAAACAUUUUGCAAGGAGAUUUUCGGAGUAAAGGCAAAGAACUUAGAGUUCGGAUUGCAGCCUUACAAAGUGCCGGAAACUGAGACGGUUUGCUAUCUGAUGCCAUCAUCAAGCCCACGCUGUGCCCAGUUUCCUCGUGCUCAGGACAAAGUGCACUUCUUCAUCAAGUUAAAGGAGCUCAGGGAUCAGAUGAAGGGAGUGGUGAAGACUCAAGAGAUCCAAGAGACAAGCUACACAUUUGAUCUGCCUCUGGCCAAAGAGGAUGCCAAAAGACAGUCAAUCAAAGAAGAGCAGCAUGACCCUGGAUAUGAGGAGACUUGUGCCCAUGGAUCACAGCAGCACACACCGCAAGCAUUUGGGGUCCAUCCUUCGACAGACACAGACCAGGUACCGGACAACCGUUGGACAAUGCAGCCGUUUGCAGACCAGAUUCCAGACAUCAGAUGUAGCAACAGCAACUGAACAGCCUGAGAAAAGGACCAACUGAACUUUUUUUUAAUUAUUGUUUUAUUUAAAUUUUUUAUGUGUUCUGCCUGUUUCUGAGUGAUUGAUUCGGAGUUGUUACCUGAAUUAUUUAAUUUUUGUGAUCUCAGUGCGUGAAAGCGUGAAUGACUUUCUGAUUGAGACAUUUGUUAAUUUUGUGCCUCUAUUUU